GACAUUACUGUCCGACGGGAAUGGGAAAUCAGAAAUGGCUGCGAUAGGUAGUGGACGGGGAACGAUGGAUUCCCAAAAUCAAGUGCAAAGUGAUGAAACUGUAGACCGUUUAAAAUUACUUUAUCCAAAUGUGAACGAAGAAGAAACCCCUUUGCCGCGAUCAUGGAGUGCCAAGGACAAGUUCAGCUACAUUGGGCUGUCGCAAAAUAAUCUUCGAGUGCACUACAAAGGUGGGACGCAGGGUCCGGGACGAAGACCCCACCUGCCAUAUCUCCACUUACGCCUCUGGAUGUAUCGCCAUGGCAAGACACACAAGGACGCGGCGAGCGUCCGCGCCACACACCCCAUCCCCGCGGCCUGCGGGCUGUACUACUUCGAGGUGCGCAUCGUGUCCAAGGGCCGCGACGGGUACAUGGGCAUCGGGCUCUCGGCGCACGGGGUCAACAUGAACAGACUGCCGGGCUGGGAUAAACACUCAUACGGCUACCACGGCGACGACGGGCACUCGUUCUGCUCGUCCGGCACCGGACAGCCGUACGGGCCCACGUUCACCACAGGCGACGUGAUCGGCUGCGGCGUCAACCUGGUCGACAACACAUGCUUCUAUACCAAGAACGGCCACCACUUGGGCAUCGCCUUCCGGGGACUGCCGCCGAACCUGUACCCGACGGUGGGCCUGCAGACGCCGGGCGAGGUGGUGGACGCCAACUUCGGGCAGCAGCCGUUCGUGUUCGACAUCGAGGACAUGCUGCGCGAGCUGCGCGCGCGCACCCGCCUCACCAUCGACGAGUUCCCGCUGCCCGACGCGCAGGGCCAGUGGCAGACCGUGCUGCACAGGAUGGUGUCGACAUACCUGGUGCACCACGGGUACUGCAGCACGGCCACUGCCUUCUCCCGCGCCACCGGACAACCCAUACAGGAAGACAUACAGUCCAUUAGGAACAGACAGAAAGUAUCAAAGUUAGUGUUAUCGGGUCACAUCGGCGAGGCGGUGGAGCUGACUCGGAGGCUUUACCCGGGGCUUCUAGAACGGGAGAAGGAACUCCUGUUCUUGCUGCAGUGUAGGCAGUUCGUGGAGAUGGUCAACGGCACGGAACAGGGAGAGGCUGGCUCGGCGGAGAACGGCGCCAGCAACGGCGUGGCCACCUCCGUCAUCUCACACACCAGCCGCGCGCCCGCACGGCACACCAACGGUGUCCCGGAGGGCGGGUCCCGCAGUAGCUCCGGCAAGGACUCCGACGUGGAGAUGUCGCCCGAGCCCGACCCCGCCACCCCGCCCGCGCCCGCCACCCCGCCCGCGCCCGCCAACGGCACGCACGAUGCGGCGCCGGUGAAGGGCAUGCCCGGCGUCACGGCCAGCGUGCACCAGCUCAUGCCGGACUUCCACAAGGACGCAGAGGGGUGCGGCAACCGCGCGUCCGUGGAGCGCAUGCUCGCCUUCGGCCGCGAGCUGUACGCCGCCAGCCAGAAGCUGAGCCAGGACAACUACCACAAGGCCAUGCUGGAGGAUGCGUUCAGUUUACUGGCGUAUAGUAAUCCCUGGGACAGCCCCGUGGGCUGGCAGCUGCAGCCCGUCCGGCGCGAGGCGGUGUGCGAGGCGCUCAACUCCGCCAUAUUAGAAUCAAUGGGCAUGCAGUGGACGUCGCCGGUGGAGGCGUGCGUGUCGCACUCGCGCGCGCUGCUGCGCCGCAUGUCGCGCGCCGGGCUCGGCGCCUGCGCCUUCGCGGAUCUACCCGCGCUGCUGCGCCGCUGACUGGUGCGCUACGAGAGCGCGCCACACCCGCCAGGUUAGUCAACCUACUCAUUCUACUGCAUGCAGUGGACGUCGCCGGUGGAGGCGUGCGUGUCGCACUCGCGCGCGCUGCUGCGCCGCAUGUCGCGCG